AGUAUCAUUAUGUAUGUUGUGGAGACGGUUGCUGGCUGUCAGCGUCAUUCUCGUGAAUGGAGAACUUACGUGCGUUGGAAAGAAGAUUGAUAUAACUUCUAACAUGUUUUCUGCAAUGUUUUAUGGAUCCAAACAUGAGUUGAAGACCACUAUUUAAUGUUAGUGUGUGUUUAUUCACUUAUUUACAACUUUUGUGAACUUUUAAGUGUGUUAAUUUCUUAGUGUCGCGCAGUACAUUGAAAAGUUGUUGACUAAUUUUAAAGUUUUGAAGAGUGAUUUUUAACAAUCUUUUAGAUGAUAAUCAUUUUUAAUGUUAUGUGAUAAGUCGUCGAAGUGGAGUAUUAAACUUUAUAUCAGGCUGACUGAUGCGGUGACACAAUGGACGCGGCGGACAAGCGAAUGCUGGAGCGAGAGGCGCUCCGCAACAUGAUCCAGCAGUGGAACGCCAAUCGCCUUGAUCUGUUCGCGCUCAGUGAACCUAAUGAGAAUUUGGAGUUCCACGGUGUUAUGCGAUUUUACUUCCAAGAUUCGGGUCAGAAGAUAGCAACGAAAUGUAUUCGCGUCGCCUCCGACGCUACUGUGAGCGAUGUCAUAGAGACGCUGAUCGAGAAGUUCCGGCCGGACAUGCGCAUGCUGUCGCUGGGCUCGUACUCGCUGUGGGAGACGCACGGGCCCGACGACGAGCGCAAGCUGGAGCCGCACGAGAAGCCGCUGCUCGUGCAGCUCAACUGGCACGCCGACGACCGCGAGGGACGCUUCCUGCUCAAGUGCCUUAGCCACAACGAGGUUCCAUUGUCUGCUGUGAACGACAAAGGGGACCAAAACUUUAAACGAAAAUUAUCGAAACGAGAGAAGAAAGAACUGAAGAAAAAAGAAAAACUAUCGAGACUGAAAUCUGACACCAACGAUGAAAACAGACCUGUUGCUGAAAAACUUUAUACAGAAUUACCGGAGACCUCGUUCAUGCGAAGCAUCAGCAACCCGGAGGCCGUCAUGCGGCGCCGGCGACAGCAGAAGCUCGGCCGCAAGCUGCAGCAGUUCAAGUCUAAAGAUGGGGGACCCGAUACUGGUGGCACCCUGAGGGUGUACGGCUCCAUCCUGCGGCCGGACGUGUCGUACGUGACGCUGCUGCUGUCGGUCAACGACAGCGCCGCCACCGUGCUGCGCGAGACGCUCGACAAGUACGGCAUGUCCUACCAGGACCCGCAGCAGUUUUGUAUUGUUCAGGAGGACAAAACUGACAACUCAGAAUAUAUUUUGGAAGACGACGAAUGCCCGCUCGCGCUCAUGAAUAUGACAAGAAGCUCCAUCAUGUUUCACGUGCGGCGGCGUCCGGCGGACGUGCAGCCGCGGCGGCGCAAAAAGAAGGUGGGUGCGGGCACCGGCACCGCCGGCGGCCGGCCCGGGAACGAGCCCAUGCUCGUCGAAAUGGCACCCGACGCCUCGCCGCUGGAGAAUGGACGCCGACUCAGGAUCACCGAUGUUGUCGAGGUGGGCUCGGGCAACGGCACGACGCUACAGCUCUACGGGCCGUCCAUCCAGCCGCGGCACUGCGUGGUCGCGCCCGCCGAGGGCGGCGGCUACUCCGUCACUCCGCUACACACCGACGCGCACGUCUACGUCAAUGGACGGAGGAUCAUGCACUCCCAGCGCCUACAACACGGUUGCCUACUUAAAUUCGGUCGUGUCUCAACGUUCCGCUUCGUAGACCCGGCACAGGAGAACCUCAUAAACAGGAACCUCGCGCAAUCACAACACUUCGGCUCCGGCUCAAUAUACGACAGAUCUCCGACUUCGCCCGGCGAGAAUAGCGGCGCGAUGUCGCCCACGUCGAUGGCCUCGCACCAGCCCGACCCGCUCGACUCCAACGCCAACACCACCAACGAUACAGAGUACCAGAGGACGAUGAGUCCCGUGUCACACGAUACUUACUACAGAGACGCUAACGACACGAUACCGCCAUACAAUAACAACACCUUGAAACUCGACAACGAGUCCCUCAUCAUGUCACAACAUCUCAAUGACACUAAGGAUGACUAUGUCAAAGACGAUCACUCGAGCUCUGUGUACAAUGAUCAAGAUCAAAGUGCCGGUGUGAAUCGCACCUCCAACUCUGUACAACAGUACAAAGACAAUUAUGAAACAACUUUCGAUUUAGACGGCAACGUAGAGACAAAAAGUAUCUGCAGCGCCAAAAGCGGUGGCUCGGGACACGACAACAGGAUGAGCGCGGGUAUGACUACCGGCCGGCCAAUACAGGAGGCGAUCUUGCCCGCUGUGCUGGAGUUCCCCGAGGCCGGCCAGGCGCAGUUCCUAGCCGCCGUCAUCACGCGGCUCGACCCACACGCACCCGCCUUCAAACUAGCGCCCGUUUAUACGCUUUACUUAUGUGCAAGGUAUCGAGCGUCGACUCACUACCGCCCGGAGUUGACACCGACUGAACGAGCUCAUAAACUGACGGCCUUCUUACAUCACGUUGCAACGCUCAUACACGCGACUGUACAGGAAAGAUGCACAGACUCGGCAGCUCAAGCUUUCUGGAUGACAAACGCUAGUGAACUAUUGCAUUUCUUAAAGUACGAUCGACACAUAUCGUCUUUUUCUACACAAGCGCAAGAAGUACUAUCGCUGACUGUUCAAAAUGCAUUCAGCAACCUGGUGUCGUGUUUCCAAGAGGAGUUGUCCCGCGGGCUGGCGCGGCUGACGAGCCCGGGCGGCGACGCCAACGAGGCCACCGCGCCCACGCUGCAGGCGCUCGCCGCCGCCAUCGUGCUGCUGCGCCGCUGCCGCGUCAACGCCGCGCUCACCAUACAGCUGUUCUCGCAUCUCUUCCACUACAUCAACGCUGUCUGCUUCAAUAAGUUGGUGACUGAGCCGAGUAUGGUGAAUGCGAGAUGGGGCGCUGCGUUGUCUGCACGAUUGAAAGUAUUAGCCGCGUGGGCCGAACGGCAGGGGUUAGAGUUAGCUGCUGAAUGUCACUUCGCGCGUAUGAAUCAAGCUGCGCGGCUGAUCCAGGGCGAGUACCGCACGGCGGAAGAGGUGGUGGGCGCGCUGAAGGCGUGCUUCAAGCUGAACUCGGUGCAGGCGCGCGCGCUGCUGGCGCCGCUCGUGAGCGAGCCCGUGCUGGAGGCGGGCGUGGGCUACGUGCGCGCGCACACGGACGAGCUGUACCGCGCGGACGGGCGCGACAUCCGCCUGGACGAGCCCGCCUGGCUGGGCGCCGCGCUGCUCAUCCCCAGCGACGGCUUCAGCGCGGAGGUGGUGUGCGGCGUGCCGCCCGGCCUGGCCGAGUUCGUGGCGCCGCUGCAGCGCGGCGGCCUGUGUCGCCUGGCGCACCAGCCCGCCGCGCCCGGCCUCUGGAGCGUGUACCUGGCGCCGCAGCCCGCGCCCGCCGCGCGCCGCCCCGACCCGCGCCUGCACAUCAUCCAGCUGCACAAGAACUCCAACGGCAUGGGGCUCAGCAUCGUCGCCGCCAAGGGUGCGGGGCAGACGAAGCUAGGAAUCUACAUUAAGUCCGUGGUACCGGGAGGAGCGGCGGCCGCUGACGGGCGGCUCGCUGCUGGCGACCAGUUGCUCUCCGUAGACGGACAGUCUCUUGUUGGCAUUACUCAAGAGAAGGCGGCUGAAUACUUAGUACGUACUGGACCUACGGUAACUCUGGAAGUAGCAAAGCAAGGAGCCAUGUUGCACGGCCUAGCGACGCUCCUGCACCAGCCUGCCUAUAACCAACGACAAGGUGCGGGCCCGGCGGGCGGGGGCGCGGGCGCGGGGGGCGCGGUGCGGCGCGCGUCGGAGCGCGACCUGCCGGCGCGGCUGGCGGCCGAGGCGGGCGUCAAGUCCAGCAAGAGCACGCCCGCGCUACACCAUGUGGCCUCACCGCCGCCGCACCAUCAUCCGCCUGUCGCAGCACCUGUGAGUCCGCCGGUCGCGAGUGGCUCUCCGAGCGCUUGGCCCAGCAAGUCCCGAAGCAGCCACAACUUGUCCGCGCCCUCGCAGCACGACGGCUUCUAUCAGAAUCUCUCCACCGUGCAAUCACAACAACACGCGUUACAAGACAGAUGGUCGUCUCUACGCAGUUCGACGGGCAGUAAUCGACCACAAUCGGCGCAUUUCUCAGCGGGAGGUCAGGUUGAGGCGCCAGAUUCAUCUUUACAGCACCAGCAGUCAAACGCGAUGAGCGCGCGCGCGGCCAAGCUGGCGGAGAUGUCGGAGGAGGUGUCGCGGCGGCAGCAGGCCUACCACACGCUGCAGCAUCCGCAUCAACACCAUCACGUUAUAGGUCCGGGCCAGCCGGCCUACGGGCAGCAGUCCCCGCAGCUGGCCCCGCUGCACCAGUCGCAGCCGCUGCUGCACGUGCACCAUCAGUCGCCGCACCAGAUCUACCACAACCAGCACCACCCACCGCAGAGGUACGAAUGGAUGCCGCCUGGCCCACCUUCUCCGCAAAGAUCUCAGCCCCCAGUCGCUCCGAAACCUCAGGGUACGAGGCGCACAGACAAUGAACUCGAAGAGCUACCACACUCUCAUCCUCAGCCGCAACAGCCACCAAUGAACUCAGUUCAGCCUGAAGAUGAGCGGUACGUGGCGAGCGCGCUGGAGCCGCCCGCGGUGUCGGUGUACCCGGCGGGGGGCGCGGGGGGCGCGGGGGGCGCGGCGGCGGGGGCGCGCGCGCAGCCGCCGCACAACCCCUGGCAGCGCGAGGAGCGCGAGCGGCAGCACGAGGUGCGCCGCGCCGCCGCACGCGCGCGACGAGACGCGACUAUAGCGCAGCUGGUGUCGCUAGGAGCGGCGAGAACACCUGUACAAAACCAGCAGCUGCGCUCCCUGCAGCUUGAGCGAGACUUUGAACUGCGAGCCACGCAACACGACCAGGAGGAGGGGAAUACAGCGGAAGGCUCAGAAGAGAUUGACGAGCUCCCUACCGAAGCGCCGCCCGCAUCACCUGCGCCUGCGCCGCAUCCACCUAAGUCCAUCCUCAAGACCAAUACGCGGUCAGAAGCCACCAACGGCUAUGCUACCGAGCAGGUGUCGUACGAGGAGAGAGUGGUGAGCGAGGUGAGCACGGGCAUGGGCGCCCUAAGCGUGGGCGGAGCUGGCGGAGGGGGCGGAGGGGGAGGGGCGCCGCCGCCGCCCGCGCGCGGCUCGUCCUUCGCCGUGAUGGCGGAGCGCGCGCGCACGCUGUCCCCGCCGCGCGCGCCCGACCUGCCCGCGCACGCGCCGCCCGCCGCGCCACAGUCCCCCGUGGGCGGAAUGCGCGACAAGCGCGUGUCGUUCCACGAGCGAGCGGCGCCGCCCGCGCCGGCGUCCUCGCCGCCGCCGCUGCACGAGCCGCCGCGCGAGCCGCCUCGGGAGCCGCAGCGGGAGCCCCCGCGUGAACCGCAGCCUGACCCGCCACCUGCUAGGGAAGACCCCGACCGUUUUAUAGAGGAAGCUGAGAACAUGUUAUCCAGCCCGCGCUCAUCAACCGGCGCGCCUGUCCUCGCGCACACACCUGGCGUCAUCGGCGCACAGGAGGUGUACAGAGACCCGCGCGCGCGGCGGCUGGCGGAGCAGCAGGCGCGGGCGCCGAGCGCGCCGGUGCCGGAGCAGCUGUCCUUCAAGGAGAAGAUGAAGAUGUUCGCGCUCGAGUCCGGCGAGGCCACCACGCCCAAGGACAAGGUAAAAAUAUCGCGCGCGCAGCGAGACAUCGAUGCGGUACAUUAAUGUAUUAUGACUGUACUUGUAAUACAUAUUACAAAAAUUAUAUGUCGCGUGUACAUACCUGUACUAACGAACAGAGUAAUUCCUUAAAAUGUUUUAUAGUAAUAUGACAAAGUUGUAACGAUGCGUUACUUUUGUAUUACAGUAUUAAGUUUAUUAACAUAUUAAAAUUCCAUUAUAUUCACUGUGUAAGCGAAAAUAAUUAAUUAUUUAUACUAUAUGAAACACUUAUACAGCUUUUUGGCAGCUAAUUUAUAGUAAACUUUACGUAUUUAAACAAAAUUAUAUUGAAGGUGAACGAAUAAUAUGACGCUAUUUUCGCUUACACACAUAUAGGUGUAGAAUAUAUAUACAAAGAGGAAUAGGUUUUUGGAAAACGCUGCAAAUAGUUUGUACAUGUCAUGACGGAGGUCUAUAAAUUGCCUUGCGAUUAAUGUAGCACCAGUUUUAUAUGUCAAUAUUGUCGAAUCAUAGAAUCUAAUCUAACGAGUUUUCUUUAAUAUGAAUUAGAAUAUUUUUAUGGUUACGCAAUUUUGAAUGAUGUUUACAAGGUGUCGCUUUAGCAGCUAGUGCAAUUAUAAUAUUAUUAUAUUCUCUAUAAGGAUCAGACCAUAUGGAUAUAGGGAUUUAUUGGAUUAUAUUGUUCGGAACCUAAUUUAAAAUUAUUAAUAUUUCGGUAAUUAUAGUAUUAUCAGCGGCACAUCCAAUGUAUGAAUAAAGUUAAAAAUAUUGUGCCAUUGUAUUGUGUAAUGGAUUUCGCCGUUUCUAUAAUUAUAAAAUUUACCAAGGAGGACCAAUAUAGAACUCGACAGCAGUUGGUGCCUUUACGUGUACCUUAGAAGUAAUAUUUACAUAUCCGUCGUAUUGUCCAAUUUACAAUUCAUGUCAUUAGAUGUCAUUAAACAUUUGAAUCUUCGUUACAUUCCAAAGAGCAUUAGCGUCUUUAUUCUAUAUAAAAUUAUGUAUGUUAUAGCAUUCCUAUCAAGCAAGAAUGUAUUAUUUGUGUACCGCUAAAGCGGUUGUUAUCUUAACUUUAUAUCACAAUACUUGACCUGUUAUUACAAUUUAAAUUUUAACUAAAAGCAAUAAGAUAUUGUGAAGACUUUGUUGUAAAUACGAUUAUAAAGUAUAUAGUAUGUUAAGCACGUGUCUGUGCCAAAACUUGUUAGUGGCAAACCGCGUGAGAUGACGUACAUAUAGCGGCAGUCAGAACCGCUAUCAUUUUGUAAUUGACUACCUUGAAACUUGUUAUGUAUUUUGUUGCAUGAAAUUAUGUUUAUUAAAAUAGAAAUUUGCGCUUAGAUAAAUGUAGAGCGUAGACUCAAUAAAAUCUAGACUUUGGUUUAGCAAGAUGGGAUACCAAGGAAAUGAAAUAGGUCACACAACUAGAUAUUUAUUUAUCACUUUUGACUGAUAAAUACGUCGGUACUAUCGCUUUUAUCUUUGGUCACAACAUUCACAACACAGAUUAGUCAACUCUAAACAAUUAGUUUUAAUCACUGACGUAGUUCAACAGAGUGUUUAGCUUCAGAACACCGGGUUACUCAUAUAUUGUAGUUAACAUUUCAUAGCACCAAUUUACUGUAUAUAAUGUAGGUAGUGAACUCCUCGUGAUUAUAUUAAGGUUUUGUACACCAGUUUGUAAAUGUAAAUGUUUAUUGGAAGAUCGAACAGUAUCGGCUGUUUGGUGACGAGCCCAAAAUAAGGGAGGCCUACUUAAGGGUAGCGAUAUAGAUUAGUUCCUGGGAAAUCAGGUAUCUAGGUUCCCAGUAUUCACCCAACGAUAGUCAAUUAGAAAAAGAUUGAGAUUAAUUUUAAAAAAGGAGUUUUAAUUAUUUUAAAUGCUAUUCUGUAUAUAAUUACGCUUGUCAACGUCACGUCUACAUAAGAUAUCGUUAUGAAUAUUUAAGUAACAUAUAUCGAAUAAUAAUUAUUAUGCAAACUAAUGAAACUUGUUAUAAAUGGUAGCUACUGUACUUUCUUUCUUUUGAAAAUAAAUAAAGUAACAAAA